GUCAAAAGGACACCUGUUUGUCACUCGAACCCCAAAACUACCAUCGAUAAUUGGACACAUCGUUACAAGUUGAAACCCGGAUACCAUGUCGUUGGAGUCUCCGACCGGCUUGUCGGUAGCAGUUCACAUCGAUGGCCGCUCGCUGCCGGUCUUCUCGCCCAAACACACCAGGGAACCCCUGGGUACGGAAAAGUCGGAAGGAUGGAUCUGUAGCCAAGUCGACAAGAUAUACUCCAUCCAGCUGGAUUCGACGGCCUGGAGGGCACGCGCUUCUGGCUUCAAGGAUUUGCAGCUCAUAGUCAUGGUGGAUGGAGUGAUUACGGAGAAGAGAGCUCUGCAGGAAAUUUAUUCCGCUGUGACUGUUAUGAGUGGGCCUUCAAAGGCCGCGGCAGAGGUCUGGCCAUACAAAUUCGAGAAACCGAAAUUGCAGGAAGAAAAUCACGAUGAAACGGCUGGACCAUUGAACACUGCCAUCGGCACGAUUGAAGUCCGGAUCGUACGCGUCGUAUAUGACCCGCAGCCCAAGCCUUUCGUUCCGCAAGGAAUGCCGAAGAUGACCUCGUCGAUGUCUGAGAAGCAGAAGAAAGGCGCUCUUUCUGCAGUCACUCAGUUUGGGGAAACCGUCAAAGUCCGGCCCACCAGCUCCGUUUCGGUCGUACUCUCACAAGAUUCCGCGGAAUACCCGUACUGCAGACUCGUCCUCCGCUACGCUUCCAAAGACAUUCUCACAGCGAUGGAUAUCAUUCCAGUCGAACGAAGGGAGAGAGUCUCGCCUCCAGUAUCGCCCGAACCAGAGGUCGCUCGCGUCAAACAACGAGAGGAGAGUCCUGUCCCGGCGGUCUCGGCGGCGGCAGACAGGCUCCGCCGAGCCAGGGAAGAACUUGAGAAAGCUGAAAGGGAGAAUGCUGCCUUGGAAGCGUCCAUCGCUUCAAGGUCGGGAGCGGGAGCGCCAUCGGGAUCUGGGAAGAGGAAGCGAGGAGCGGGGGACGUCAAGGAUGAGGAAGACGAGGAAGACCUCUUGCGAGCUAGAAAGAAGAUGGAGAGGGAGAUGAAGGACGCUCUCAAGGACUAUGACGGGACUGCCAUCGACCUCACCGAGGAGGAAAACUUUGCGCCCGUCUUCGUCAAGGGGGAGACGAUCGAUUUGACCGACGAUUAGCACGAACAUUACGACUUUUGAUUCAGCUUGGGCUUCGACAACAAUAAUGACAAUAACUUCACGAAACCUAUCAGAUGAUUCUACGUUUGUACCAGACUAUCAGAUAUCCGAUCCGCAGUCGAUUACGUUUCUCGUAGCCCGCUUCGUAUACCACUUCUCGUCCGGGUGCGUCUCCAACAAGACCUUCAGUAAGACUUAGUCCGGAUACUAUGUAGAAUGAUUCUACGUAAUGACCUAAGCCCUUGCCGAGACCCGGUCAAGCGACGCUCUAGCUGUACACGCCGGGAUAGCUUGUGGCUGCCAGGCUUCGUCGCUAUUAUGGGAAUAGCCGAAUCGAACCGAGCUUGCCUCGCUCGUUCACCACAUAUUCUUCAAUCGCCGAUCGUUGUCAUU